AUGUCCAUUAAAAAUAAUUUAGCCUUCCCUCUAAUUUUAUUUUUCUCCAUUUAUUUAUUUUUCUUUCUAAAUUGGAAUUUUGUUGAAUCGAAAAAUUUGGAAAGCCGAAAACUUGAUAUUUUAAAAAUGAAAAAAAUUUUAAGCAAAGGAGCACAGAAAUUUAAUUUUAAUAAAACAGAGAAGAGAAUUUCGAGAAAAAAUAAUGAAGAGGAGGGAUUUUUUGUUGAUUUUGCGUUAGCUAUCUAUAAGCACACGUAUACUAUCGAGGAUUAUGAUUACUCUUUUGUUUGGGAUUUUUGUUAUGAUGAAGAAAAACAUUUUAAAAGUUAUUGCAAUUUGGAUUUGAUGAGUAAACCAAUUAAUGCAACAUUUGAUGAGCAAAAAUUGAAUAAAAUUGUUAUUUUUGUUGAUCAAGUCGUUGAUAGUAAAGGAGAGAGAAUUAUAAAUGUUGGAAAUAAUACGGAAAUCGUUCUUUAUCAUUCGUAUGAAGAUGGAGUUAUAAAAGGAAAUGUUAAGAAUAUUGAAAAAAUUGCAAAAGCCUUAAAUGCUCAAAUUAAUGAUGAUGAAAAUAUUUAUUAUUUAAAUGAAAGAUGUAGUGAGAUUAAAUCAGAAGAAGCCCCAUCAAUUGGUUUAAAAUUUAAAAAUUCCAAUACAACAAUUAAUGUUUCUGGAAACGAUAUAGGAAACUAUAAUGUAAGAAAAAUUAUAUUUCUUUUAAUAAAGACCCUUGGGGCUUUAUUAUAA